GUUGCACACGAGUUCAUUGAACAGGCCAACACGACUCUGACAAAAACUGAGAUUGCUGGACAAAGUACAGACAGUAGAUAAAGCGUGUUGUGGGGGGUGGGGUUGUGCACGCGGCGGGGUAGUUUACGCCGUUUGCGUAGGAUUAUUCCAAGAUGGCGAUGGUUUGUCAGCGAGUGGUCGCGGUCGAGUCUGGAGGAGAAUGAAGCGGCGAAGGAGUCUUAAACAGUGUAGUGAAGGUUGACGGUGGCAAGAAAGCUUUUAAGAACGCGGCGAGAGGGAAAACGACUGUUCUUCCCCGAGCCCCGGUGUGGCACAGUUUUGUCCGUCAGCUCGUGUGGAACGGUGGGACGGAGCCCCGUUUGUAUACAGGGGAGUGCGGUGAGGAGAACGAGCCGAAACUUGACCGGCGGUAGUCCUCCCUCUCCGGAGGCCCAGAUCAUGAUGAAACUUAAGUCGAACCAAACCAGGACCUAUGAUGGCGAUGGUUACAAAAAGCGUGCUGCUUGUCUUUGCUUUAGGAGUGAGAGUGAAGAGGAGGUUCUGUUGGUGAGCAGCAGUCGUCAUCCUGAUCGAUGGAUUGUGCCUGGAGGAGGCAUGGAACCAGAAGAAGAACCGGGUGUGGCUGCAGUACGUGAAGUCUGCGAAGAGGCUGGAGUGAAAGGCACAUUAGGAAGACUGGUAGGAAUUUUUGAGAACCGUGACAGGAAACACAGAACAUACGUUUAUGUGCUUGUAGUAACAGAAGUAUUAGAAGAUUGGGAGGAUUCUUUAAAUAUUGGGAGGAAAAGACAUUGGUUUAGAAUAGAUGAUGCCAUCAAAGUGCUGCAGUGUCAUAAACCAGUACAAGCCUCAUACUUCGAGACGCUUCGGCAAGGCUGCUUGGCAAACAAUGGGACCCCUGUGGUGGCCACGCUAUCAGAGGAUAAGCCUCCAACGUAUGUUUCCAGCCAGAGCUCAGUGUCCGAUAUCAGAUGACUGACAAGAUGCCAUCAACAAUUCUUGGAGAGGGGGAAAAAACAGCUAGUUUUUGUCUUUCCCAAAAUCUGCCUUGAGCCCCAGUGAAAAGGCGUGUGGACUGGAACAUAAAGAACUAAGAGUGUUGACUCACUCAGAAGAACGUUGCAGUUUAGUGCGAUUUGCUGGUUAUAUACCUUGUAAAUGUAUACAUUUUUCUUGCAUGAAGUAUUUCCUCAGCCCCAGCCCAUCAACUUGGCCAUUCCUCACAUGUAGUAACAUGGGGUACACUGUAUAGUGUAAUACCAGGUGUAUAUAUGCAUACCUGAUCAAAGUCAUUACUACUUUUUUUGUCGAAAGGACAUGUCUCUUUUGUUAACAGUAUUCAAACAACUAAUACUUGUUUUUGAUUCCCCUUGGCAUGAUGCCCUGGCUGUGAAAUCUGGUCAGAGUUUAUGGAUAGAAUUUUAUAAUUUUCUUUUGACUUCUUAGUGUGCCCAGAAUGUGAGAUCUGCUCGGAGCUUGUCUGUAUUUUUUAAUUCAUUUUUUUAGUGGACAGGCAUGAUCAGGAGUGGUGUAUGCUUACGGUAUAAUAUUGCAUCAUGCCAGAAAAUUGUGGCGGGGCAGGCUUAGUUGACUUUUUUAACACUGACAUUGCAUUUCAAAAUGCUGCAUUUUACAGUGCAGUAUAUAGCCUGUAUUUAGUAUGUAAUUUAUAGAGGAGGAGAGCGAAGCCACAGCAGUCUGCUGUUAUUUAGAGAGCCGAUGUCUUGUAAAGUACGACAUUCAGAAUAUUUUCACAUGUGAUAGUUAUAAUGGACUUCAGUGUAUGUUUGUUGUCUUAGUUGUUUUAAUAUUUACUGCAGCAAGCACUUUCUCUGUUUUGUCAGAAAUGUGAUAGGCUUCCCUUGCAUAACAUGUGACAUUUUUUCUAUUGCCACUUUGUCAGACUUUGAUUUUUGUACUAGAAGUAACUGCUUCUAAAGUUAGAAAUCCCAGUGUAAGUUAUUUUUCUCUGAUAGGCCAUGUGGACAUGCUGACUAGAAAUGCAUCACGUUUUAUGCUGUAAAAAAAAUUAUGAAGUGGAAGAAGCCCUAAUACAACUCCAAUCUCAAGGUCAUGGCACUUUUUUUCCCUUUAAAGUAAGGCUUGUUCUGGAAAAGUUUAAAAACACCGCCCCUCCAGUAUUCUUUUUGUUUGAGCAGUGAAGGCAGGAAACUGAUGGGUUGUUUUAUUUUCUUGUCAUAUUGUUUCCUCUGACAAGUAAAGGUAAAGCCAGGGCAGAGUUGCUGCUUAGAAGCAAAAAAUUUAUUUCAAGAGUUCUUGCAGGUGAAAUUCCCAUUUAUUGAAAAUGUUCAUGUUUGACUUUCAGUGAUCAUGUGUAGUCUAUACCGGGAGCUACUUUGUACAUAUACCUCACUUUUUUUUCAUUGUCAGCAGUUCAGCCAUUUAAAAAGUCAAAACAGUUUUAUUCCUUUCUACCCCCUUUAGAUGUGCUCUUACUUUGUGUAGUUAGUUGUAUUUUUUUAACAACUGUUAGGAGGAUUUAUUUAUUUUUUUAUUUUUGUAGUAGAGGGUAGAGAAUGUGAUGGGGUGACACUCAUGACAUGGGGAAGGGUGUUUCUUUUCCAGAAGUGUUAGUUGGUUUCUGACUGUGUCAUAUUUGCUAAAUCACUUUUAAUGGCAUAUUGACCGUUAUUACUUGGUCCAAGUGGCUCUUUGUGCAAAGUGUAUUGGUACCAUUUUGCUCUGGGAGAUGGGAAGAACAAACUUUGGCACUACCAAUUGCAUGGUACAGUUUGUGAGCACUUGUUAGUAUGAACUGCCAUAUUUCUUUACACAAGCCUCUUCCAAACAUUCACUCCGUAUAAUGCGUACUCCAUAAACAGGUUUACGUUGUCUUAUGUUUUUCUGUGUUCUGAUCAUUGUCAGCUGUGCAGUUUUAGGCAUGGGUACUGCUACAGUUGUGUACACCAGCUUAAAAGAACAGUAUUCUUCUCAAGGCUUUUGAAGUGCAGUUCUAUUUGCAGAGUCAUGUAUUUUAAAAUAAUUCUAUGAAGCACUCUUAAAGAUUUACUUUUGCCUCCCCAUAGGUAAAGAGAUGAAUGUUAGAAACUAUAGAGCCAGUAAUAGGGUGAUCUAUCUGAAUAAGGCGCAUCAUUAACUUGCUACUUUCCCUGUUUUCAGCCAGUAGUAAGGUCUGUAUGAUUAAGAAAAUGUUGUUGAGAAUUUGCCUUGUAGAAGUGGUUUUGGAGCUUUUGAACUUGAUAUUUUAAAGGGUGUUGAUUUCUGCAUUUAGCUGUUUGAGUUUGUGUGUAUUUAAAGGAGUAUUCACUUUACACGCAAGUCUUUUAGGACAUGGAAUCCCUGUCUUUCUCCUGAAUCACCUUAAGUUUAUUAACAAAAAAGUAUUAUGACAAAGUAGUCUCCAGUCAUGUACGUUUGAAUAAUGAAGGGUAUCAUGUGUGGUAUGUUUUGGUUAUGGCAAAACCAAUAAACAGGUAAGCUCUAGAGAUGUCCUAACCCUCUGGUUAAGUCUUUUUGUACUGAAAAGUAAUAAAAUAAAUGAAACUGUUGUAAACUAUAAUUAAAACACAGGUGCCGAUUCA